AUGGAAGUAGGCUAUGCAGAAUCUAUGAAUUUUCCAUUGUUCAGAAGAAGAAGAUCUUCUUCAUGGGCUCUCUUCUUGUGUUUACUUACACUCACUCUCUGCGUUACCAAAGGAGACUCGACGACCAUCAAUAGUCCUGAUGGAGAUAUCAUAGAUUGCGCGGAAAUAUUAGCUCAGAAGUCGUUUAGUCAUCCUCUCCUCAUGUAUCACAAGCUCCAGGAAAUACCAAGAGAUCUUCCUAACACAGCCCAAAAUGAAGAUGAAGUUAGCGGCUGGCAGAUUUGGAACAGUCACAACGGGUUGAAAUGUCCUGAAGGGACGAUUCCUAUACGUAGAGUGGUUUCUCCAAAGAAUGAGGUUACUAAAUCUAUGGCUGAAGCUGGACUCAACCUCAAACAUGAGUAUGCUAUCGCACAAUUGAAUGACACACAUAAGAUUUAUGGAACAAAAGUCACAAUGAGUGUGGAGCACCCCAAAGUUACUCAAGUCAACGAGUUCAGCUUAAGCCAAACUUGGCUCGCCUCAGGUUCAUUUGAAAGAGGUGAUUUGAACACUAUCGAGGUUGGAUGGCAGGUUUUUCCCGGGCUAUAUUUGGACUACCAACCUAGACUUUUCAUUUUUUGGACUAAUAAUGCAUACAAGGGUGAUACUAGAUACAAUCUUCGAUGCCCUGGUUUUAUACAAACUAGUGGUAAUGUCCUCAUCGAAGGGGCUAUCGAACCUCACACCAAAGCUAUUACAAUCCAGAUUUGGAAGGAUCCAAAUCUUGGACACUGGUGGUUGUCUGUUGGUCCGAACAGUGACAUUGGACUUAUGCCAGUUGGUUAUUGGCCGAACGAGAUCUUUACUUGUCUCUCUGACUAUGCAGAGGGUGUCCAGUGGGGUGGUGAAAUAGUAGACUCAUUCGUCUCCGGUCUGCACACGACAACCCAAAUGGGGUCUGGGUAUCUUCCUAGCUCCGCUAGAGCGGCCUACAUGCGUGAUCUCGAAAUUGUUGUUGACACCCAAAAGUUCCAACCGAUCUACGAUCUCACAGUAAUAAAGAUGAACUCCAACUACUACAACAUCAAGAAGACUAGCGACACGAGUUUUACUUAUGGAGGACCUAUACAUGCGGGAACGGUUCAUCAUCUUAGAGUCAAUUUAGUUGUUCUUUAUUUAUCUUUCAGCCUUCUUUUUCUCUUUUAG